AUUCCUGUUCAAGGACAAUAAAACAUUGGUGAUGCAUGGCAACAGUGCUGAGGAGUGUGAGUCAUGGAAGGCCUCGUUCUUGCGCGCGGGUGUGUUCCCGUCGGAAGGUCUCGAAGAAGGCGAGGAAGACGAAGACGGCGAGCCUAAAGAGGAG